AUGGCGGCGAACCGGGUGGGGCGGCGGCAGGGCCGGGGGGGGCUCGAACCGGGCCGGGGGCGGCUCGAACCGGGCCGGGGGUCUCCGGGAUCGGGGCUCGAACCGGGCCGAAGGUCCCCGGGCCGCAGUCCCGGGGUUCAGCGGCGCUCGGCUCGGGUCACGGUCAAGUACAACCGGCAGGAGCUGCAGCGGAGGCUGGACACGGAGCAGUGGAUCGACGGGAGGCUCGAGGAGCUGUACCGGGGACGGGAAGGAGAAAUCCCGGCCGAGGUUUGCAUUGAUGAGCUGCAGGAGCUGGGAACGGACGAGGAGCGAAGGGAAAAACUCCAGAGCAUCCUGAGCUCCUGCACUGCCGACACCCAGGAAUUCAUCCAGCAGCUCCUGGAGCAGCUCCGGGGGCUCCCCAAGAGACCCCCCCAAAAAUCGGGGGAGCCGCCGUGA